CAUUGGAGUAAACAGAAAAGAUGGCGACGCCGUACACAGGGGAUCGAGUUCUAGGGACGAAUCCGGUUAUUUUUGAGAGUUUCGCGAAUCACUUAACCGAUUUACCCGCUGAAUUGUUAGAGCAUAUAUUGCGCUUUCCCGUUCUAAACCAUAUCGACAUUUGCAACGUUUCCUGCACGUGCAAGAGGCUGCAUGACGUGUGCCAUGGCAGGGGGAAGGUCUGGGCGCACCAGUACAAACUCAGGUGGCCAAGGCUUCAGAGAUUGUAUCGGCAGAACGAGUCAUAUGAUUGGCUGAAGGAAUUCAAGACCCGUCACGUGGUUGGCCAACAGAUAAGAAGAACAGUGGAGUCUAUUUCCAAGAGGUUCUUCACGGAAGUUCCUUGUGUUGGCCAGGUUCUUGGAGACAGCUUUGCGGAAAUUGAUUCUCUUGGUGCCCCAGAACACUUCUGUGAAGAUGAGCUACUCACCAUUUUAAACUCAGACAGAAGGAAAAGUUUGACGUUGAAGUACUAUGCAAAGAAAAUCCUAUACUUCCUCCGCCAGCAGAACAUUUUGCGGAGUUUAAAGAUGUUCCUUGAGCGACCACCAGAACAACAAUCAGCUCUUGAGGGGGCUGUUUUGGUGGACCAGUAUUGCAGCCCUCUGACUGAUGUCACUCUUGAGAGUAUAUCUGCCCAGAUAGAAGAAAUCGCAGACAAGGUGAAGAAAUAUCUGCGAGUAAAAAAUGCCACACACCCGAGUCUACGAGCCGGCCAAGAUGACUGCUUUGUUCUGGAAGACUUAGAGUUUCAAAGGCAAGUCAUUUGUGCUCUCAACGUGGUGCUGUAUGACCAGCUUCAGUACAAGGGCAAUGAGCGAGACUACUACAAUCCACUAAACUCAUACAUACAUCAGGUGCUGCUCCGUCAGACAGGCAUUCCCAUCAGCCUCUCCGUGCUCUACAUGACUCUGGCCAGGAAGUUAAGAGUCCCACUGGAGCCCAUCAACUUCCCCAACCACUUCCUGCUCCGCUGGUGCCAAAAUCAAAAGAGAAGUGGUGACAUUUACGACUAUAUAUACAUUGAUGCAUUUGGAAAUGGCAAGCAGCUGGCUGCUAAAGAGUGCGAGUAUCUGAUCAGACACCAGGUGACAGCAGAUUACUACGGCGCUAUAAGCACCAGCCAGCUGCUACUGCGAAUGGUGGGCAACCUGCUUAACAUCGGCAAGAGAGGGGAAGGGAAUGAGAAAUCGUAUCAGCUCCUGCGGGACUCUCUGGAUCUCUACCUCAUGAUUAACCCUGAUAACGUGCAGUAUCUUCUGCUGCAGGCUCGUCUAUACUUCCACCUUGGAAUCUGGCCGGAGAAAGUAUUGGAUAUUCUGCAGCAUAUUGAGGCUUUGGACCCAUCUCAGCAUAGUGCUGUGGGGUAUCUGGUCCAGCACACACUAGAACACAUCCAGCAUAAGAGGCAUCCUGUAGAACCAGAGGUGAAGAGAUGCAGCGCACCUGAGCACAGAGACGUGCAGUACUCCUUGGGCCUUGUCAUGAAACACAAAAGGUCAGGCUAUAACUGUGUUAUCUAUGGAUGGGACCCAAAAUGCACAAUGAGUCAGGAGUGGAUUAACACUAUGAGGGUCCAUCAGCUGUCUAAGGGGGCCGAUCAGCCCUUCUACAAUGUCCUAGUGCAGGAUGGGACCUGUCGAUACGCUGCACAGGAGAAUCUGGAACCUCACUCUACCCCGCUGGAAAUUGCUCACCCUGAGGUCGGCCGCUACUUCACCGAGUUCUCUGACACGCAUUAUGUCGCUAACGAGGAGCUUCAAACGUGUUACCCGGAGGACAUAUGCAAGACCAGUAAGACUGUAGAAGAGCUUUACCACAGUCUCAACCCCAAAUCAGGGCAACCACCGGAGCCCACUGCCAAUUUCCAGGAUCACGAUUUAUUAGAUCCAUAGACUAGAACUCCACGACCCUUUCCCUCUCCCUUCCCAUCAAAAAUGCUUAAAGUCACACACUUUUACAUAGGCACUUGCUAAUGAACUGUUAAAGGAAGUUGUUGAAGACAACUGAUAUGGGACCAGUUCUGAUGGUUGUAAUUCAACUGCAAAAACUGAUCUAGUAAAGGCAAAAGCUAGAUCAAUUUUUAUCCUUAUAACAACUGAUGACAAGUGAAUGAUGACAGUUUUCAUUUUUGGACGAACCUUUCCCUUUAAAGUCUAUUCAUUUGUACAUCAUCAUGGUCCAAGAUCAGUUUCAACUGAAACUUUGACCCAGAGUUGUAACGAUGUGAUGAAAUAACAGUAUUUGUGUGGAUAUUUGCUAAAUGUACUCAUAAUAAUAUAUAUAAAUUAAAAUAAAUAAUAGAAUUUCCAUUAAAGGGGAUCUGUAUACAGUAAGUGGUGAUCAACUUCAGGUCUGUUUGCCACAUAAAUAAAAAAAAAAAAAUUCAUUCUGUAGUCUUAUAUAUCUCUUUAAAGUAAUGCACUAACUCGUGUCAUCCUUUAAUAGUUCAAAAAACAUGCACUUGACAAGAGAAAAUAUAUCGAAACUGUCACUUUAAAUGAUUUUGUAAUGGUUAUUUCUAAGUUUUACAAAAAAAAAGCGAACAAGGGCUCAAGGAAACCUGGGCUCAUAAUGGUUGUAAAUACAAAAGUAUUAAGAUUAUAAGAGAAUGGAUCCUAAUAAAAGGAGAAGCUUGAUGUUUUUGUCAAUUUAUUUGUUCAUUACUUGUCUGUUUAUAAGUUUAAUUAGGUAUGUAAUGUCUUAAAGGAUACACUUACUGCAUUUUCUUGACUCGAAAUGAAUAUCAAAAUAUUUAAGUCUGCACCUUUAAACCUCAUUUCUCUCAGAAGAAAUUAAGCAUAUUUAAAAAGUUAUUCGUUUGAUAUAUCUACCAAAAUUUGUGUCUACCUUAAACUUUGUGACAUCCAAUCUUUAACUUGAAAUUUUAACUUAAUUGUCUGGAGGAAACUUGGCGCCGCUCAUCACCUGUGCAAUACCCUCCCAACAGUGAAGCAUGGUGGUGGUAGCAUCAUGCUGUGGGGGUGUUUUUCAGCGGCAGGGACUGGGGGAUUGGUCAGGGUUGAAGGAAAACUGAACGCAGCAAAAUACAGAGAUAUCCUUAAUGAAAACCUGGCCCAGAGCGCUCAGGACCUCAAACUGGGCCGAAGGUUUACCUUCCAAGAGGACAAUGACCCUAAGCACACAGCCAAGGCAAUGCAAGAGUGGCUUAGGGACAACUCUGUGAAUGUCCUUGAGUGGCCCAGCAAGAGCCCUGACUUGAACCCAAUCGAGCAUCUCUGGAGAGACCUGAAAAUGGCUGUCCACCGACGGUCCCCAUCCAACCUGACAGGGCUUGAGAGGAUUUGCAGAAAAGAAUGGUAGAAAAUCCCCAAAUCCAGGUGUGCAAAGCUUGUCACAUCAUACCCAAAAAGACUUGAGGCUGUAAUCGCUGCCAAAGGUGCUUCAACUAAGUACUGAGUUAAGGGUCUGAAUACUUAUGUCAAUGUGAUAUCUCAGUGUUUUCUUUUUAAUAAAUGUGCAAAGUAAUCAAAAA